AUGUGUUCCAAGUUAGUCUGUUUCGCCUUGGUCAUCUUGGCUUUUUGCCAACCUUAUCAGGGUGCCAGCGAGGAGACUUUCUCCUCCUGCCCCAUCAACUUUACCCGUGUGGCGGACAAAUGCCUUCUCGCCGAUAGUUCCUGGAAAAAUUGGUACGAAUCGGAUCGUCAUUGCCGCUCCAUCAACGCAGGACUUCUCAGCAUCAAGAACCAGACCGAACUGAAGGCCAUCAAUGAGUGGCUACCAGUGUCGGCUCCGUACCAAAUGGAGUUCUGGACUGCUGGAAACAAGUUGGGCCAAGUCUCGGCCCUCAUCGAUUACUUCUGGCAGAGCACUGGGGAUAGGGCUCUCUAUCUGCCCUGGGCGGUAGGUCAGCCCACUCCUGCCAGCGGUGAUUGCCUGACUUUGCUGGCCAAUUACUCCAUGUCUACGGAAGAUCACCGCCUGAUGGUAAGAAACUGCACUCAGUGGGCUCCCCACAUCUGCCAGACGGACCUGGUCCAGUUCAAGACCCAGUUGUGCCUCAACCCUUAUGCCUUUCACGAGGUUCAAGUACCUCUGUAA